AUGCUUUCAACCGAAAUGGAGAAAAAUUCGCAUCAUAAUCGAUGGGAAGGCAAGGUUUCAGCGAAGCUGCGGAACGCCACCAAAGCACAAGCAUGGCCUCUGGUGAAGGACUUCUUCAAUCUCCACAAGCGCUUCCCCACGCUAGCCACGUGCUACGGGCUUCACGGAUCCAACGGUGACCCUGGCUGCAUACGAUACUGCGCCGGAUCCUCCAUCCCAUCGAACGGCCCAGCAAGGCUGAGCUGGUCCAAGGAGAGGCUGGUAGCCGUUGAUGAUGCUGAUUUCUGGCUCAAGUAUGAGAUGGUGGACAGCAACAUUGGGUUCACUUCCUACGAGUCAACGAUGAAGGUCCUAAGCAACGGUGAUGAUGACGAGUCGAAUGGAUGCACGUUGGAAUGGUCCUUUGCUGUUGACCCUGUGGAAGGGUUGGAGCUUGAGGAGCUUAUUAGGAAGUAUCAUGUGGGCCUUCAGCUAAUGGCUCACAAAAUGGAGGAAGAAAUUCAAUGUUUAGUGAGUUGA